CUCCAGGACGCGACUCAUAAAAGGGAAAAAGCCUAUGCGGUUCUCAACGUGCCACGAAUCUUUGAACGCGAGCGCGGUAUUGUCCGCGGACUUUGAAAAGCAUUCGAGGGACGCACCUGCUCUCACCGCCGCAGUUUCCAGCGUGAGGUGACCCCAUAUGCCAUGGCCCUUGUGUCUGCUGAUUCCCGAAUUGCAGAACUUCUCACAGAGCUCCAUCAGCUGAUCAAGCAAACCCAGGAAGAGCGUUCGCGGAGCGAACACAACUUAGUGAAUAUCCAGAAGACCCACGAGCGGAUGCAGACAGAGAACAAGAUCUCUCCCUACUACCGGACAAAGCUGCGUGGUCUUUACACGACUGCCAAGGCUGAUGCGGAGGCUGAGUGCAACAUCCUCCGGAAAGCCCUAGAUAAGAUUGCGGAAAUCAAGUCUCUGUUGGAAGAGAGGCGGAUUGCGGCCAAGAUUGCGGGCCUGUAUAAUGACUCGGAGCCCCCUCGGAAGACCAUGCGCAGGGGGGUGCUGAUGACCCUGCUGCAGCAGUCAGCCAUGACCCUGCCCCUGUGGAUCGGGAAGCCUGGUGACAAGCCUCCACCCCUCUGUGGGGCCAUUCCGGCCUCUGGGGACUACGUGGCCAAACCUGGAGACAAGGUGGCUGCCCGAGUCAAGGCUGUGGAUGGGGAUGAGCAGUGGAUCCUGGCCGAAGUGGUCAGUUACAGCCAUGCCACCAACAAGUAUGAGGUAGAUGACAUUGAUGAAGAAGGCAAAGAGAGACACACCCUGAGCCGGCGGCGUAUCAUCCCACUGCCCCAGUGGAAAGCCAACCCUGAGACGGACCCCGAAGCCUUAUUCCAGAAGGAGCAGCUCGUGCUGGCCCUGUAUCCCCAAACCACCUGCUUCUAUCGUGCUCUGAUCCACACACCCCCACAACGGCCCCAGGAUGACUAUUCGGUCCUGUUUGAAGACACCUCCUAUGCAGAUGGUUACUCCCCUCCCCUCAAUGUGGCCCAGAGGUACGUGGUGGCUUGUAAGGAGCCCAAGAAAAAGUGAAGCAGGGUGGCAGAUUCGCAAUCUCCUGCCACCUUCAAGGGGGAAUGCAACAAAAGAUUUUGUGAUCAAAUAAAUAUUCUUCCCCCUUG